CUGGCCCAAACCACCGGCAGAGCCCGAGUUGUGAGGAAGAGGGAGAGGAGGAGAAGAGGAGGAGGAGGUUCGGGUCAGAGAGGAGCAGAGGAAACUUUCCGAGGAAUGCUGAGCUCAGACUUCACGUUAAGCCGGUCCAUGAGCGGCAGGCUGUCAGCAGCAGAACCAGGACCAGACAGGCAGACAGGUGAGGGGACGAGGAUGUAGCACACCUGCAGAGAGAGCUGCGGGUCGCGCGACGCAACAGAGAGCGAGGAAAGCAGUUUUGGAUUUAAUGCACGUGCAGCUCCUCACGAGGGAUGAGUUGGCUCCUGUUGUUGGUUCUGACAGCAGCUGGGAUUCAACAGGCCUCCUCCCUGAAUUCCACUGCCAUGCCGCCAGCCGAGACCGCCUCCUCGCCGACCGCAGAGCCGCUCAGCCGCACGCGCUACUGCAAGUGGCCCUGCGAGUGUCCCGAGGCGCCCCCCAAGUGUCCGCCGGGCGUCAGCCUCCUCAUGGACGGCUGCGACUGCUGCAGGGCCUGCGCCCGGCAGGUGGGCGAAGAAUGCAACGAGGCCGACACGUGCGACUACCACAAGGGACUGUACUGCGACUACAGCUCGGACAAGCCUAGGUACGAAAAAGGAGUGUGUGCAUAUAUGGUGGGAACUGGCUGCGAGCAUGACGGUGUGAUCUACCGCAAUGGUCAGAGCUUCCAGCCCAGCUGCAAAUACCAGUGCGUGUGCGUGAACGGCGCCAUCGGCUGCGUGGCGCUGUGCACGGAGUCGCAGCCCCCCAGGGUGUGGUGCCAGAAUCCGCGUCGGGUCAAAGUCCGGGGCCAGUGCUGCGAGCAGUGGAUCUGCGAAGAGCCCAAGAGGGGGCGCAAGACGGCGCCRCGACAUGCAGUGGAGGCAGUCCCAGCUCAGUCCAGGAGCUGGCACGACAACUGCAUCCCUCAGACUACUUCCUGGAGCCCCUGCUCCAAGACCUGCGGCCGUGGCCUGUCCUUGAGAAUUUCAAACGCCAACGAUCAGUGCGAGAUGGUCAAGGAGUCCCGCCUGUGCAACCUGCGGCCGUGCGAGGUGGACAUCACCAAACAUUUCAAACCAGGAAAGAAGUGCCUGAAUAUCUACAGGGAGGACCAGCCGUCCAAUUUCACCAUCUCCGGCUGCACCAGCAAGAAGCAGUACCGGCCCAAGUACUGCGGGGUCUGCUCCGACGAGCGCUGCUGCGUCCCGUACAAGUCCAAGACCAUUGACGUGGACUUCGAGUGCCCCAACCAGGCGGGCUUCACCUGGAAGAUGUUGUGGAUCCAGGCGUGCUUCUGCAACCUCAGCUGCCAAAGCCCUAACGACAUCUUCGCAGAGCUGGACAGCUACUACGGUCAGCCAGAGGUCAUGGACUGAGGCGCAAUGUUUUUAUUUCAGCAGGAAUAUCGCGAAUGACUCACAACCUGAGCUGCUUUUCAAUGGCAUUUGAAGAAUUGAAAAAUAUAUAUAUAUAAAAUCCUGUAAAAUAUUGAAUUUAUUUAUGAAGCUUCUAUGCACGUGACGUUUAAUAAUCUUGCUACUUAAAGAAAAAUCCACUUUUUUAUCCUUUAGAGUUUCUAGCAGUGCAGAACAUUUAAAUUUAGUCUCUAUCGGUGUUAUGUAGAUAUCUUUUAUUCUGUUAUUUGCGACGGAACUUCCAAAUAAGGGCGGGGCGUGAAGGCCCUCGUUCGGAUUUAAAGAGACAGCCUCAAAACGAGUCACACCUCUGAAAAGCGGUGAAAGAGGGGCUUGUGGAGUUACAAUAAAGGAGGGAUUGCUUUCACUUUACACAGACCAACUGAAUGGUUUAAAUGUGAAAAAGGAUUUAAAAGCAGGAUGUCUCUUUUAAGAAAAUCUUGAAACUGAUUCCUGUAGGUAUUUAUUGCCGCCACAGAAAGCAAACUAUUUGCUCGUUUGUAAGCAAAUUAUCUAUUUAUCAUUGGAAGAACAUCUACAACUUCGAGUCAACCUGAUUCAAGGGGGGUUAUGGCUAAGCAAGAACAGCAAACAAAAAUGGCUACAACUCAGUUUUAUAGACGAUGAUAUAAUCUGGUUUGGCCAAAAAGGCUCGACAGGCAACACGCUUUCCUUCAAGGAAGCUUUUAUUUUCUGUGCAUCUGCUAUCAGUUUAUAAGCAAGUUAGAACAGAAACACUGCAUUUGAUGGCCCAGUCAAAAAAAUGCAACUAAGACACCAAAUGUGUUACAAGUUUUUAUUGUCAUUUUUUUUUAAUAAAUACAAACUGUUAUGUUUUUAAUGCUUUUUCUACAGCAAUAGAUGGUUUGUGCAUCUUUACAAAGCUGUGUUAAUGACUUUUGCAAAGUAAAAUGUUGCUGUAGUAAAAGUGACAAUACAGAAGGUAUCAGGUUACAGUCUCUAUGACUCUCUUCAUAACGUCUGGACCUUUUCCCUCUUUACUCAGCCACAUAUCCACAACCACAAAAAAGAAGCACCGCAUCCCACGAGUGAACAAUGCCAUGGCACUUUUUUUUUUCUCUUCUUUGUUCCAUUGUUCUUAAACGCAUAGAAAUCAUUGUAAAAAUAGGAGGAAAAACAAAACARAAACAAAGCAAAUAAAGCAUGAUGAUGAAUUGCUGAAUUUGUAUUUUUGAUUCAUUACAAAGCAAAUUCUCAGUCACGUGUUCUAAAAAUACAGUUUGGGUUGUGGUUCACAUGUAGAAAUAAAAUGAAAAAAUCAUAAACUUCAGGGGGAUGGAAAAAAAA